UACACCACUUCACAACAUGGCGGCCUGCUUCACCCUUCAUUCCGCCGCGGUCCGCCGGGCGCUGCUUGGUCUCAGCCUACGCAGCCGGACAGCAGGUCCUGCCGCCGCUGCCGGGCUCAGGUUUGUGAGUAACGGCGGUCCAGAAGAAAAAAAGCCCGUGAUAUUGGAGUCUACGGAGGAAUACAAGUUCGUAGAGCGGCUCAUCCCACCGUCACGGGUCCCCGCUCCGCCCAAACACGCCGGUGUCACGCCGUCUGGUUGGACCCCUCCGGCACAUUCACCGCCGCCUCUUCCCUACAUGAUCCGCCGCUCCCGCAUGCACAACAUCCCGGUUUACACCGACCUGACCCACGGCAGCCGCAAGACGACGCUGGUGCGGAAAGUGGAGGGGGACAUUUGGGCUCUGGAGAGGGACGUGAAGCAGCAUCUCAAGGAGGUGACGGGGAAAGAGCUGCCUACACAGGUCAAUGAGGUCACCAUGACUCUGAAGGUCAAAGGUCACUUCGAUAACGAGCUACGGGAAUGGUUGGCCAGCAAAGGCUUCUGACUGAGGUGAGGAGGCAGCGCUGAGCCUCCAGGACUGUCCCAUCAUGCUCAGGUGCAGAUGGAGAGGACUGCUCACCUGGCACUGGGAUCAGCCGGCAGGUCAACACCUUGGCACUCUUCUGCUGGACUUAAGAACAUAUUUCUAUCCAUGUGGAUGGACUUUUUUUUAUAUUUAUGUACACGGGGGCGAGAUGUUGAAGCAAUGGGAUCAUAGGGGUGUACAUACUUGUAUGUAAUGAAUGCAACAUUAAAGUAAACAUAGCCCACUG